AAGAAGCCAUUAGCGGCGAACUCUACCGAGCUCCCACUUCACUGGAUUUCGCUCCUUUCCCACCAUUGGGACCAUGACACACGCCUCGACACACACCUCCAACACCUCCACCUAAUCACCCACCGCUAACCCGACAAAAGGUCUCUACACUCACUAACCGCCCUCAUGGCUGCUGACGGAGUUGACAAGGACGACAAAGACAUCCUCGCGGACCUCGACCGAGAGGCGGGCGAGUACCUCAAGGAUGCCGAGAUAGCGCGGAUCCUGUCGGCGUUCAAGCUCGACGCGUAUGCGAUUCUCGACCUGCAGCCUGGCGUAGCCGAGAGCGACAUCAAGAACUGUUUCCGGAGGAAGUCGUUGCUCAUCCACCCGGACAAGACCAAGAACCCAUUGGCGCCCGAUGCGUUUGACCGGCUGAAGAAGGCGCAGGCCGAGCUCAUGGAUGAGAAGAAGCGCGAGCGGCUCGACGAGGCGAUCGCAGAUGCGCGCAUGCUGCUGAUCCGCGAGCGAAAGUGGACGGUUGAUACGCCAGAGCUCAAGUCGCCCGAGUUUGCGAAGGACUGGAGGGAGAAGAGUAAAGAGGUCUUGAUCGAUAAUGAGCUGCGCAGGAGGAAGCAGAUGAAGGCGCAGUUGGCCGAGGAGGGACGGGAGCAGAGGAAAGCGGAGAUGGAGAUCGAGGAAAGGAAGAGGAAGCGUGAGAAUGAGCAGGCAUGGGAGAAUACGAGGGACAAUCGCAUCAAUAGCUGGAGGGACUUUCAGAAGGGCGGUCUGAAGAAGAAGAAGCAGAAGACUAAGCCCAUUGGUUGAGGAUGGUUCUGGCUGGGGCGUUGGGUAUGAUACGAUAUGACUUUAUAUCUUUUUUCGUCUUCUUUUCUUGAUCAUGCUCGUUUGUGGAUAGGCCAAUUAAUGUGGAGGCGGUG